CAUAUAAUACUUGAGGUGCAGUGCGGGCAUGUAGUGGUGGGAGCACGCAAGUAGUAUCGGUCGCCAGGGUUUCGACACGGACACGCUUGGGAUGCAGUAGCGCAACAUUCCGACAAAGGCCAAAGUGGACAUGCGCAGAUAAGCGUGUUGCCUCUAUAUACUUGUAUCACCGAAGGCAUCCAUUUGUCGGCCAAAGUACCUUGACAUCGCGUUGACUCCGCUUUCCUAUGUGCUUCUGAGCUGCGAUCUGGAAGCUCCCGAAAAUGGCCGACGUGGGCACCGCGGAGCCGCAGGAGCCAACGCCUGGUCCUGUGGAGAAUCGACCAACGGCCAUGCCCUCAUCAGAGGUGCUACGGCUUCAAAAUUUGCUGAAGGCAAAGGCAGGGGAGCUGGACGCAGCGGCGAAGGAGAUAGGCGCCCUCAAAGCGCAGGUCGCCACGAAGGACAGGGCACUCAAUCAGAGUGAGCUGGACAUGCGCAUCUUGAAGGAGCGCAACCUGGCGACGGAGGGUGAGGUGACAAACAUGGCGAAGGAGAUUGCUACCCUCAAAGUGGAAAAGCGCAAGACGGAGGCGCAGCUGGCGGGCCUGCUGCGCAAGGGCGACAAGGAGCAGUCGGCCAGCGUGCUGGCGGCGGCGGAGGGCAAAGCCGCGGCCAACGGCAGCGGCACCAGGACGCCGGUCACCGGCGACGCGGCUGUGGACGACGCCGUGAGCGCUGCUGCCUCCGGCCCCGCGGUGACGGCGUCCGGGGGCGCACCCGCCAACCCCCUGCCCAGCAGCUUGCAGAUGGCCAACCUGCAGGCCGACCUGCGCAUGGCUAAGAUGGACGGCGAGAAGGCGGCUGAGAACAUCCGGGCGCUGGAGAGCCUGCUGCGGGCCAAGGACAAGCAUAUCAACGCGCUGCAGAAAAAGGCCGAUGAGGCUGACGCGCUGUCCAAGAAGGUCCUGGAGCUGGACAACAAGCUGCUGGAAGCCGGGAAGCAGCUGGACGAGGCGGCCCGCGUGGCCAAGAAUAACACCGACCAUAUGCGGGCGCAGAACAUGGAAAAGGCACGGCUGUCCGGCGAGCUGGCCAAGACCAAGGAGCUGCUGGAGGCGAGUCAGGAGGCGGCGGCGCGCACCGGGGCGGCGCUGCGGGCGAGCGAGGCGCGCUGCAACGCGCUGGAGACAGAGGUGGGCGUGCUGGUCAGUCAGCUGGCGCGCACCACCGCGGUGGCCAACCGCGUGGCGGUCGCGGAGGUCAAAGCAGGUCCGCGCGACGAGGGCACGGUGCACGUGACUCGGCACCUGGAGGAGGUGCGCUUCAUGGCGGGCGAGAUUGUGCGGCUGCAGGAGCGCAUCGCGGGUCUGGAGAGGGAGCUGGCGGUGUCGCAUGAGCUCAAGGAGCAGUACAAGCAGCGCGUGUCGCUGCAGGGCAGUACGCUGCUGGGCAGCCCCACGUCACCCGCGCCCACACUGCAGCAGUCGCCCUUCCUGGCUGGCCGCCCCAACUCCCGGCCCUCCUCCGCCCAGCGCCGGCCCCUCACAGCCUCGCCCGCAGCAGGGAUCGCCGCCGUCGCCGCCACCACGCCCAUUGCCGGCAGCACCAACUCGCGCCCCAGCUCCCGGCCCUCAUCCGCGCCGCGAAACGCGGUCCGCGCCUCCACCAACAGCAUCCCCACUGCCGGCACCGGCACGCUGGGCAGCAGUUCCCGCCCCUCCUCGGCGCCGCGCAACGCCGUGCGCGCCAGCACCAGCAGCAUCCCCACAUCUGCGGGCGGCGCGGCGACGGCUCCCAGCGGCGUGGCGGCAGCGGCGGCCAGCUCCACACCCGGCGCCUCGGCCAACACACGCACCAGCUUCUCUGGCACCUUCCGGUCCCCUCGGCCGCAGCCCUGGGAGUCAGUCGCCCCCUCACCGACGAAGGUGGGCGCAGCCACAGCGGCGGCGGCCACAGGUGGGCCGGGGGGUGCCGGCGCGGCUUCGCCGGCGCCGGCGGGCGCCGCGCGCCCCAGCACGCCCUCCCGCUCGGGCAUCGCCCGGCCCUCGUCUGCCGCUGCGAACGCCGCGAAGAGCGCCAGCAAGGACGCGGCAGCUGCCCCCGCCGCGGCAGCGGUGAGGCCGAGGCCCAGCAGCAGCACCACCGCCAAGAGCAAGGAGGGCCCUACCAAGGCGGAUGUCGCAAAGGAGGACGCUACUGCCAAGGGGCCUGCGGAGCAGGCGCCAGCGUUGGCUGCAUCCCCGUCCCCGUCCAGUGCUGCUACUGCUGCUGCCGCUGCGGAGGCUUUCGCUGCUACUGCCGCCGCGGCCGCUGCUGACGGCACGGCCAGUGUUACCACCAGCGCCGCCAACACGCCGGCAAAGGCCAAGGCGUCGCCGCGCGGCGUGCCCCCCGUGAAGGCGGCGCCGCCGAAGAGCAAGGUUGCGCAGGUGCAUGCCGAGCUUGCGAAGAAGGCGGACGCGUCAACGGAGACGCCGGGGGGCGUGCUGCGCGGCUCGGGCGGCGGCGCGCCAGCGGCGGCGGUGGCGGCGCUCGCGAGCACCGGCUCCGGUAAGAAGCUGAAGGUGCCGCAGGAGUCGGCAGCGGCAGCUGCGGCGGUGAAGCAUGAGGCGAAGGAGGCGGUGGCGAAGGCGGAGACGGCAAAGGCGACGGAAGGACCGAAGAAGGCGGAGGCGGAGGCCGCAAUGGAGGCGUUCGAGGGCGCGGCGGAGGAAGUGGAGGAGGAGGAGAUGCCUGAGGAAGAGGAGGACACGCCCGCAGAGCCCGUGAAGGUACAAGCGUCGGUCUAAGCGCUAGCCUGCAUUUUGUUACGGUACGGUAAUGACGUGCGGCAGUACCGGUACAUGACUGGAGCCGCCUCGCCGAACCUGUGACCAAAGACGCGCGAAUCAGAGAAGCGCGCGCGACUCCGAGCAGCAGCGUUUUUAGUGUGCAUGCAGACAUGACUUCCGGACUUCCAGGCCUUAGUGUUAGGGGUUUGUGCGUGCGGCAAGCACUUUCGGGCAAUGGUGCCCCGGCGCGGUGCCCCUGCUGUUUGAUGUGUGAGGCAUUUUGCGUGCCGUGCCACACACGCCCACACCCUCCCAAGUGCGAGCGCCCGAUGGAUGCGCGCGCAGAGAGAGUGUUAAUCUUUUAUAAUAUAGCAGCGCAGCAUCUGUAGUGCGCUUUACAAUGGUACGUGCAGGUGGCGGUGCCUUUUGAGCACGAGACUGGACGCGGGAGUAGACAGCUGCAGUAGAUGCCCGCGGCUCCACGGGUGUUGCACAGAGACGGGUGUGCGGCCUCUCGAGUUGAGCGGUAUCAGUCCGUGUUGUAUGUAGAAUACUCACCCUCUUGAACUCGAUAUGUCCAGCUGGGAUAACCGAGUCUGAGCCUUAAAAACGGUCUCUGUUCUGUCUCUGCGAAAUUCUGUAACAACCAUCACCA